AUGGAGGGAGACCUGGCUGAAUUGUUACAAAAGUUUUCUCUGGAAGGGAACGAGAUAUCAGGAGCUAAGUUGGAGCUUGAGGACCUUAGUAGUGGGAGGAGAGAUUGUGCAGACAGUUUGAUAGGGAGAAUUAUGGGGGAAAAAAUUGCCAACUUUACGGGAGUGAAAAACUUCGUGACAGCAGCAUGGAGCUACCCCAGGAACUUGACUGUUAUGGAGUUAGGACCGAAUCUAUUCCAGUUUAAUAUCCCAAAUGUAGAAGAGAAAGAAAGGAUAGUGACAGGAGGUCCUUGGAUAAUGGACAACCAAGUUCUAGUGCUGAACAGAUGGUCUGAGGGAGUAGAAGAUAACUAUGGAGCUUUUACAACUGCACCUUUGUGGGUACAAAUGUGGAAUCUGCCAGUGCACUGGCUGUCCAAGGAGGUAGGGAGAAAGAUUGGCGCAGUUUUUAGAGAAGCAAAAGAAGUGAUUAUACCUCAGGCAGGAGGAAAAGAGGGAAGACAUCUUAAAGUUCUUGCCCUGGUAGAUUUGUCUAAACCCCUCCUCAGAGGAACGUUGGUUAAUGUAGCAGAGUCACUCAAAUGGGUUGCCUUUAAAUAUGAAAGAUGCCCGGAUUUCUGUUACAGCUGUGGUAUAGUUGGGCACGGGGAACGUACGUGUCAAGAACAAAGGAAUUCAUCAGGGACCCUCUUGGAGAAUCAAUAUGGGCCGUGGCUGAGAGCAGGAAGUAAUAGAAGUCCAACAAAGGAUAGGACAGUGAGAGAGGACCUGGUGAAGGAUAAAAGGUAUUGGAAGUUUCAGAAUGGAGAAAUGGUUGAGAGGGAAAGGACCAGGAUGCAGGCUGGAGAGAAAAUCCUGGAGACGUUGAGGUCUUCAGGGCUAGGAACGAAGAGUUCUCCAGAGGUUGUUAAAGAGCAGGAGAAGGAAAGGGUGGAAAAUCUUCGAAGUAGCCCCCCAUAUAAAGGGGACAGUAGUGGAAAGGAUAGGGACCUCAGUGAUGGCUCUCAGGCCUUGACUAAGGAAAAUCAGGACCUCUUGCUGAUAUCGCAGGUCAGAACUGAGGAAAGAGUGACUUUAGUAGUAGAGGAGGAAAUGGUUGAGGUUAGAGAUGAGAGUGCAAAAUGGCUGGAGCAGGAGAACAGCCUACAAGAGAUACCAGUCUUUGAGGCAGCUAUGCAGGAGAAGAGCCUUUGUGAGGUAAAGAGGCAAGGAGCUAUGACAAAGCAAGUUAAAAGGUCUUAUAAAAAGCUGAAAUCUCCUGUUAAGACAAGAAGGCCUUUGAGAGAGAGAAAUGGACAGGAAGCUUUCGUUGGGGGUAGUGGUAAGAGAAAGAUGCUGGUCUUUGAUGAGGAAAUGGAGGAUGUGUAUUCGAAAGAGCCAGUAGGCAAAAAAGCUAAGGCUCUUGAGCUGUCUGGAUACACAGGUUUGUCUGAGGUGGAGGUGGGGUCUCUCCCUUAUAGGGCCCCCCAAGGGAAAUGA